AUGGUUGAAAAUGGAUGUAGUUUACUAAUAAGAAAUUUAAGUUUUGAAACAAGUCCUGAAAAGGUCAGGAAAAUCUUUGAACAUUUCGGUAAAAUUCGUGAUGUUUAUUUACCUUUAGAUCAUUACACGCGAAGGCCAAGAGGUUUUGGAUUUGUUGAAUAUUAUGAACCAAAAUAUGCAAAAGAAGCUUUAAAUAUUUUAAAUAAUUCAAAAAUAGAUGGAAAAGAGAUAAAAAUUAUUAUUGCUCAAAAUAGGAGAAAAUCACCUGAUACUAUGAAAAUGUAUCAUAAUAAUAUGAAUGAUUCUAGAUAUAGAGAUAAAUAUGAUAGUAGUAGAAGAAGAUAUAGUAGAUAUAGAUCAUUAGAGCAUGAUAGACGUAGAUAUAAAAAAAGAAGUCAUGAUAUGCAGAAGCAUAAAAGAAAAUAUAAGAAUUAUAAAAAAUAUUCAAGAAGCUCAUCUAGUUAUAGUUAUUCUUCCUACUAUUCGUCUUAUAGCAGUAAUAGUAGUAGUAGUGGUAGUAGUAGUAGUAACAGCGAUUAUGACAACAAAAGAAGGAAAAGAAAGAAAAGUAGAAGUGUUAAAAAAAGUAUUAGUAAAAGUUAUUCAAGAAACAAAAGUAGAAAACAUGAUAGAAAAAAUAAAUACAACCAUAGAACAAAAAAUAAAAGUUAUUCUAGCGAAGAAAUUUAUGAUGAAAGUUCAUCAAAAAGUAUGAGUGAAGAAGAUAAUAAAGAGAAAAAAAAAAAAUUAAGUAAGAUUAACAAAAAUAAUAAAAGUUAUAGCGAAAGUUCCAGUGAUAAAAGUUCUUCUGAAGAAAGUUUUUACAAUAGUAAAAAAGAUAAAAAUAGUUAUUACAAUAGAAGUUCAAAUUCUCAUAUUUAUAAAAAAGAAGAAUACAAAAAAUCGUCAUUGUAUGAUAGUUCAAAUGAAAAUAAUUCCAAAAGGAAAUCAUCUGAAUCAAGUGAAGAAAGGAUAAACAAUUCCAAGGAAGAUUCCGAAAGUGAUAAAGAAAAAAAAAAAGUAAAUAAUAUUUUAGAAGAUAUUCCAUGUGAUAAUUUGCGAUAUAAGGAAAGCAAACAAUGUGAAAGUUAUAUAAAAAAAGAUAAUGAAAUGAAUGAUAAUUGUCAAAGCGAUAAAAAAAGUGAAAAUGAACAAGAUAUAAAAACCUCAGAUAAUAAUUUCAUGUUUUCACUGAAUGAUCUUAAUGAAAAACAAUUGGAUCAUAAAAGCAAUUUAAAGAACAAAAAAAAGGAUAAGGAAGUACAUUCCAAUAAUAUAUUAGAUGCUAGUUCGAACAAAGACUCUAAUAAAUAUGAAGAAUUACAAAAUGUAAAUGGCAAUGAUGAUUUUAUUAAUAAGAAAAAUUCAGAAGAUGCUACUAACGAAAUUAGUAAAGUCGAAAAAAUUGAUGAAGAUAAUUCUCCAAAUAUAAUUAAAAAUGAAUACAAUAGUACAUCAUAUGUAAAUGAAAAAAACAAUGAAAGCAUUAAUGGAAAUAUAAAUAUCCCUAGUGAUUCUACAAAAAAAUUUAUUGAUGCAAAUAAAACAUUAUCUAAUAAUAGUGAAAAUAGAAAUGAUGAUAAUAAUGUAAGUGCAAAUGGUUAUGAUAAAAAAAAUAGUAGUGAUGGUUCAUCUAUAUAUGAAUGUUACGUUGAUAAAAAAAAAGAGGACAAAAUUCACGUAAAAGAAAAAAAGAAAAUGAAGUAUAAGUCACGAAGUAAAAAUAGUUCUUCAAGCAAUACAAGUAUCGAUUAUAAAAAUAAAUAUAGGCAAAAAUACCUAAAUAAAAAAAAAAAAAGAAUUAAUGAAAGUUUAUCAGAGAGUUCUAACUAUGAUAGCAGUCAUAAUGAUAAAAAUGAAAUUAAAAAAGUUUCUAGGAAAUAUAAAAAUUCAGUAAAAGAAAGAAUCAAAAGGAGCAAAGAACCACGCAAAAUUAAAGUUAAAAAGUCAUAUUCUUAUGGAAAAAGUGGAAGUUUAAAUAAAAGUGAAAAUGAAAGUGAAAAUGAAAGUGAAAAUAGAAAUAGAAGAAGUGGUAGUGAAAGUGAUAACAAUGAUAGUAUAGAAACAAAAAGAAGUAUGAGCAAAGAGAGUAAAAAUGAAAGGGAGAAUGUUGAUGCAAAUGAUAAAGAAAAAACAAAUAAGAAAAUUAGAAGCGAAAGUAAACAAAGUGAAAAUAAAAGAAGUGAUAGUGAAAAAAGUGAAGAUGUAAGAAGAAAAGAAAGUUAUAGUACACAAAGUGAAAAUGAUAAAAGUGUAUAUAAAAGUUGCAGUGAGAACACUUAUAAAAGUAAAAGUGUAUACGAAGACUCAUGUAAAUUAUCAUUUGACAAAGAAUAUAUAAAUAAAAGAAAAAAAAAAAGAAAUAGAACAAGAAGCACUUCUAGUGAUUCAGAAAUGUCUGAUAAAUUAAGACGUAAUCGUAAAAAUAAAAUAAGUAAUAAAUAUAUUAAGAAAAAAAAAAUUAGAAAAAGGAGAGAUUCUAAAAACUCAUAUGAAAGUUCAACCUAUAGCAAAAGGAGUUAUAGUUCUUCGGAAAUAUCAACUAAUAGCAGAAGCAGUUAUAGUAGUUCGAUUAAAAAAAAAAAGGAUAAAUAUUCAAAUAGACAAACAGAUAAAAAAAAGUAUAAGCAAAAAAGUAGUAGAAGAGUUAGAAGAAUUGAUAAUUCAGAGGAUUCUUCUAUUAGUUACAGAAGAUCUCGAUCCAUUAGAAAUUAUAGUUAA